AUGGCGGAUCAGUUGGAGGUCGGCAUGAAGUUGCACGCGAAGUUCACGGAUGACGAGUUCUACCCUGCCACGGUGGUGACAAUCUCGGACAGCGCCAAGCGCAAGAAGGCUCCCGUGAAAGUGGCCUACGUCGGACACGAAGGGUUCGACGCGUGGCUUCCUCUUGAUAGCCUGCGGUCCAAGAAGAUUCCCAAGGCGAAGGGUGAGAAGACAGCGGCGAAGGCAAAGGCCAAGGCGAAGGCGAAGGUCGAGUACGAUUACUCUGGCCUCGAGAAGGGCAUGAAGCUGCAGGCCGAAGCCGAUGGCGAGUAUUAUGCAGCUGAAGUGGUGACUGUUUCAAAGAGCUCGAAGAAGGACACGCCCGUCAAGAUCCAUUGGACAGGCUACACCAAGGACUCCGACGAGUGGGUCGGAGGUGAUCGUAUCCGUUCCAAGGCGCUGAAGAAGGCCGCACCGAAGGCUAAGGCGACGGACGAGUCUCGCCCCCGGGGCAUGCCCCCGGCUGCCCGAAAGUACCUCCUCGUGAAGCCCAAGGUGGUGGCUCCGCUCGACCCGAAGUUCUCCCCCUUGGUCCUCGGCAAGAAGAAGUACCUGGAGGCCGUGAAGGAGGUCGAGGGUGCGGAGUCCCUGGAGUGGGCGCUCCCUCGCGCCGACGGGUGUGCCCGCUACAAGUUGCCAGUCUUCCCGCAGAAGCACAAGGACGUGCGCGCCUCCACCUACCUGGCAGGCGUGCUGAUCCAGGAGAUGAUCUGGCAGCGAAGCGCCUCGUCGUUGAUCCUCUUCGGGCCGGAGAAGAUGACGAAGGCUCUGAAGUCAAUGUUCUCCGAGGAGGGGGCCUACGCGUUCGAGGUCAAGUCCAUGCCGAAUGUGUGCGGCACGCCGGAUAAGGCUUUCGAGGUGACCAUUGUGGAGAAGGUCGAGGACUUGCCAGAGGCCAAGGACACUCCGCAGGUGUGCGGCAAGGACGCGAACGGUUGCCGCCUCGCGUUCGAUUUGGGCAAGAGCGAUAUCAAGACCGUGGCUGUGAAGGACAACGAGGUCCUGGAUUCGAAGGAGACGGAGUGGGACGUGACCAACCCCGACCCUGACUACCAUUUCGACGCGAUCUUGAAAGCCAUGAAGGAGACUGCGGCCAAGUUGCCCAAGAUCGAUUGCAUCGGCGGCAGCGCCACAGGGACCAUCUCGGCCGACAACGAGGCCACUUGGUGUGACAUCUUCCCGAAUGUCCCUCCUGACGUCUACAAGGUGAAGGUGGUCGACAUCUUCAAGAGGCUCGCCCAGGAGAUGGCUCCUGGCGUCCCCCUGAAAGGGGGCCGGCGGAUCAACGAUGGCGAGGUAACCGCCCUUGCUGCCGUCCAGAAGAUCAAGGCGGGGAACGUCAUGGGCAUUUCCAUGGGCAGCAGCGAGGGUGGCGGUUACGCCAACGCCGACGGGAAUCUGAUGGGGUGGAUCAACGAGCUUUGCUACAUCAGACUCGACAUGAACCCGAGGGCGCCAACUGACCCGUGGUCGAAGGGGGCGCACACGGGCCUGUCCCACAUGUAUUUGGGCCAGCGCGGGGCGACCAAGUUGGCGCACAAGGUCUGCGAGGUGCCCGCCAACUACAAGUACCCGCACCCCGACAUGUGCACUAUCAAGCACGAGGACCACGCGCAGUGUCUGAAGCUCAUCCAGAAGGCGAUGGCCGACCCCGAGAAGGAGAAGGAGGUCACAAAGCUGUACGAGACUGUCGGCGUCUACUUGGGCUAUGCGCUCGCGCAGUAUUGUGAGUUCUACAAGAUUGACCACGUGAUGAUCCUUGGCCGCGUGAGCAAGGGCAAGGGCGGAGAUGUGAUGCUUGACACCGCCAAGAAGGUGCUCACGGAGGAGUUCCCGGAGUUUGCGGGGAUGCAGUUCCACACCGCGGACGACCACUUCAAGGCGGUGGGCCAGUGCAUCGCCGCAGCGGCCUUGCCCUCCUUCAAGUAG